AAUGACUCCGACUCCUCCUCUCCCUCCCCUGGCACUCCGCCCUUCUCAUCCAUUCCUUCCCUCAUCACUCCUUUGCUUUCAACCUUUUAUCCACCCCAGCGCCCCAGACCGGCGCUGUCCCCAAGUACUCUCAUUCACUUUUCUCUGACGUCCAGAUUCCAAGCUCUGACGAAUGCCCCUUUCCCUCCUCCCCUUAUAAAGAAAGGAUGUUUUCUUUUAGCCUGACAAUCACGUCUAAUAGUCACUGAAUCCCCCAGCCCAGAACCUCUCCUAUCCCCACCCCCAGCUGCACCCCAGCCCUCCACAUUCCAUCUUUCUCAAGAACGCUCCUUAAUCCUGUGCCCCACCCCAAAAGUAGGCUGAAACUCGGGGUACUAAGAUACUUGUAGACUGGAAGGAUACUCCUACAAGAAACCUGCUGCUGCCUCCAGGGUGGCCUCCAAUCGCUCCCUCGAUCUCCCCGGGAGCCCACCGGGAGGCCGAAUCUUUCGGACACAGGAGGAGCCAGAGUGUGCUACCGGAGGCGGUCUAAGUUUCGAGAAUCUCCUGCAGAAGAAGACUCACAAGGGAGGGGAAGGCAAGAAUUCUUAAUGAAAUAGCCAGCCUGGGAGAAAAAUCAAGAUCUCUAAUUGAAGAUGGCUUUCCAUGUAGAAGGAUUGAUAGCUAUCAUUGUGUUCUAUCUUCUGAUAUUGAUGGUUGGGAUAUGGGCUGCUUGGAAAACCAAGAACAGUGGCAGUUCAGAAGAACGCAGUGAAGCCAUAAUAGUUGGUGGCAGAGAUAUAGGUUUACUAGUUGGUGGAUUUACCAUGACUGCCACCUGGGUUGGCGGAGGUUAUAUCAAUGGGACAGCUGAGGCAGUGUAUGUUCCAGGUUAUGGUUUGGCUUGGGCACAAGCACCAAUUGGAUAUUCACUUAGCCUGAUUUUAGGUGGUCUGUUUUUUGCAAAACCCAUGCGUUCCAAAGGGUACGUUACAAUGUUAGAUCCAUUUCAGCAACUCUAUGGGAAGCGCAUGGGUGGACUCAUCUUUAUUCCUGCCCUAAUGGGGGAAAUGUUCUGGGCUGCAGCUAUUUUCUCUGCCUUGGGUGCUACCAUCAGUGUGAUUAUUGAUAUCAAUAUAAACCUUUCAGUUAUCGUUUCUGCCUUGAUCGCAAUUUUGUAUACCCUGGUCGGUGGACUCUACUCAGUUGCCUACACUGAUGUCGUCCAACUCUUCUGUAUCUUCUUGGGACUGUGGAUCAGUUUGCCUUUUGCAAUGUCACAUGAUGCUGUUGCAGACAUUGGUUUCACUGCUGUACAUAAGCUUUUCCAGGAUCCUUGGCUAGGAACUAUAAAAUCAAAUGAAACCUUUACUUGGAUUGAUAAUUUUCUUUUACUGAUGAUGGGAGGAAUCCCAUGGCAAGCGUAUUUUCAAAGAGUUCUGUCAUCCUCUUCAGCAACCUAUGCUCAGGUUCUGUCUUUCCUGGCAGCUUUCGGAUGCCUAGUGAUGGCCCUCCCUUCAAUACUCAUUGGUGCAAUUGGAGCAUCAACAGACUGGAAUAAGACUACAUAUGGUCUUCCAGAACCCAUAGAAAGGCAAGAAGCAGAUAUGAUUUUACCCAUUGUCCUGCAAUAUCUCUGUCCAGUAUAUAUUUCUUUCUUUGGCCUUGGUGCAGUAUCAGCUGCUGUGAUGUCAUCUGCAGAUUCUUCCAUCCUCUCAGCAAGUUCAAUGUUUGCUCGAAAUAUCUAUCAACUGUCAUUCAGACAAAAUGCAUCUGAUCGGGAAAUUUUGUGGGUCAUGAGAAUCACUGUAUUUGUUUUUGGAGCAGCAGCUACUGCAAUGGCCCUACUAGCCAAAUCAGUUUAUGGACUCUGGUAUCUCAGUUCUGACCUUGUUUAUAUAAUCAUCUUCCCUCAACUCUUGUGUGUGCUCUUUAUCAAGGGAACCAACACAUAUGGUGCCAUGAUGGGUUAUGUGCUUGGUCUUAUAUUCAGAGUCACUGGAGGAGAACCAUAUCUUUACCUGCAACCACUGAUCUUAUAUCCUGGUUAUUACCGUGAUGAUGAUGGCAUUUAUCACCAGAGAUUCCCAUUCAAAACAUUUGCUAUGUCUAUCUCUUUCUUAACCAAUAUUUCCAUUUCUUAUCUUGCCAAAUACCUAUUUGAAAGUGGAACUCUGCCUCCCAAAUUAGACUUCCUUGAUGCUGUAGUUGCCAGGCACAGUGAAGAAAAUAUGGACAAGACAAUUCUGGUAAAAAAUGAAAAUAUUAAAUUAGAUGAGCUUGCACCCGUGAAGCCUCGGCAGAGUUUGACUCUCAGCUCAACCUUUACAAAUAAAGAGGCCCUCCUUGACAUCAACUCAAGUCCUGAAGGGUCUAGUACUGAAGAUAACUUACAAUGACUCCAGUGAAACAAAAUACUGUUUUCCCAGAGAGGGUAUUGCAACCAUGUAGCCAACAGAGGAUAAUAUACAGCAUUUAAGGGAAAAGAUUAAGCAUAAGUAAAUAUAUAAGACUUCAGAAAGUUGUGUAACCAAAGUUAAACGCCAUCACACAAAUCCAAGCCACAUCGAGAGGGACGGAUAGGCAGCCUCCUAUGAAAUCAGUAAUUAUGCUCAACUGUCACGUUCAUUAUUCUAAUAAUACUUCUAGAUAAUCUUUAAAAUAUCCAAGAAUGGGAUCACAUAUUGAAAGGAGAUAUCAGCAAAGACUUUGCAAUGUAUUUUUUCAAAAUGUAUGUAAUCUACAGGGGAACCCAGGGGGAGCAGCUGUUUACAAUUAGAACAGCAGCUUGGGGAGAAUUAAGGAUCUAAAUUAGUGUCUUGCAAAGAGAUGACCUGAUCAGAAAAAUCAGUCAUUAUUUUACACAGACUGUGAACAGCAUAAUGUUAUCCUUCUGAAAGGGGCACUGUAGUCAGUGAAUUGUUCUUGAAAGUAAGAUUUCAGAAAAUCCUAUCAUUUCAAUCCAAGAUGGAAGACUAAUAAUUUAUCAUCUAUAUAACAUAGUUAUUUUCUGCAGUUGGGGGUUUUCAUAGGAAUGGCUACUAACUUGUUCUGAGCCCAAGACCCAGAUAUAAAUUCUUGAAUAUCUUCAGACAGGGGGUUUCUGAUGUACAUAGUUUUAGGCAAACGAAAUCUGUUGGUUCUCUGAGUUUGUCCAGCAUCCAUAUCUAUUUACAGAUUAAACCUAGAAGCAGAAGAGAACUAUUAUAAAACUUGGAAGCAAUAACUUGAGGUAGAAAUUCAACAAAAGGGGCUAGAGAGAGCAAUACAUAUUUAUACUUUGCCAGAAAUAAAUAUAAUUUUGCCAUCAUGAAAAAAGUACAGUCUCUGACUUCAGUUUUGAAGUCAAUAUUGGAAGGAAAUACAGAAGCAGAUGAACAUAAAUGUUGUUACCAGCACUAUUGAUGCUAAGCUAACUGAGAAGCAAAUUAUUAAAUCAUUGUAUAAUCUACUAAGUAUUUCCUACCAGCAGUUCAUCUCCCCAGCAAUCAUCUUAAUAAUAGGAAAACUAGUAGGCUAAAAACUACCUAUCCUUGGAUGUGAGCUAAUGGUGCAUGGCACAUUGUUGCAUUUACUCACUCACAAGCUCAUUCUCCAAAUUGAGUGAAUAAUCACAACAGAAGUGAAUCCAGUGUGGAGAAAAGCCCGACUGAGAGCAGGAAAUCAGAAGAGUGGAAAUAAAUCUUGCUGCCAAAAGGAAGAAGCCAUCAAUUUCAACAUUUGGUGUUAACAUAACUUUCAUGAGGUUGUUCAUUAUGUUAUUUUUGCUCCUUUUCUGGAGUUUUAAAAAUAUGUAUGUAUAUAUGAAUACAUAUGUAUAAUGUUAUACAUUCAUUUUGGAAUCUUAAGAUAUUUUCUCCACCAGCCACAUAUUGGUAGUAAGAUGAGUUGUUUGUCUAAAAGUAAAGUUGGGAGCUGAGCAAUUAGCAGAUACAAAAGCUGAAUCAUUCUAGCCUGAACUCUUUAUUCUUCCAAUAAUUGAGUGUUGACCCUAUAUAGACAAAACCCAAAUUCAUUUAGCUUUCAAUUUAAACUAUAAACAUCAAUGCACCUGAAACUUGAAUCAGUUCUGAAUUUCCUUUGUAAAUUUUCUCAAAACACUCGAUAAAGCAUAGGUACAUUUUAUUCUAAACAACCUUUAUAUACAAAAUUGAACUUUCAAAGUAAUCAGAAUAAGAAUGCUCAUCAUUUUUAGUAAUGGAAUUCCAGAUCCUUAGGCUGGAAUUCAUACUCAAUUGAAUGGCUAUCCCCAUGAAGCGAGUUGGUAUAACCCACUACCCACUGGCCACUGGGGAUAUUCAGAUACAAGUAAAAUUCAACAUGCAUGAAAUUCUACUGAUCCAAGAGAAGGAUUCAAAGAAAGGGGAAGGAAGAGCCUAAAUCAUAAAAUGCUGGAAGUUUCCAAAGGAAAGUGUAGUUGCUGGUAGAGAGGGCAAUGAAAAGCAAAGUAAUUAUGCAGGUGUACUAAAACUGCCAAAAUGCCAUAGAAAUUUCCAUCCAAAAUCUUUUGCUACAAUACAAAUUCCAUUUGGGGUAGGGGGCAGUACUCCUUCCUUGACACUAUAACUACAAAUUUGUCAUGAAAAUUAUUAAGAAAAUAGUCACUUUACCAAAACAAAAAUUCAGGCUUCUGGAGUCCCUUCAAACUCUAAAUCUAUGAUUAUGUGAUGUGAAUAGAAAUUUGUGAGACACAUAUUUCAUACGUUAAGUAAAUAUCUACAUCUUUACUAAGGCUAGGGUAGGUUUUGGACCUGUGAUUUCACUGUAUUGGAAACCCCCAAAGUAAGGAAACUUCCUAUUUCAAAGCAGAUCUGCAUUUGCUCUGCAAUUUAGCAUUGAAGAGUUAGGCUUGCUACUUGUAGCUAAAGUAUUCCUAUAAUGACUGUAUAUUUUAUUUUCAUUUGUUUUUAAAUGACUGGGAAUGAUAAGCUUCCAUGUUUUUAGGUAUUUCAAGAGGUUCUACAUAACAUUAAGCCUUUUUGAUUAACUGAGAUGCUAAAGACUAGCCCAAGUAAUCUAUUCACUCUAUUGUCUAGAUCCAACAAAUUAUCUGGUAUAUGUAUAUAUAAGACCAUAUAAUGUGACUCUGAAUUGAAUGUAAAUUUGAAAGAAGGGAAGCUAGUUAUGAUGACUGUUGGAUUUUUAUUAUUUUAAUUGAGUUAAUAUUUUAAAUAAAAAUGGUCAUUUUCCCUUCCAGUCUUUAAGCUGAUUUGCUCUGGUAUAAUGUGCAAUUAGGAACCAAUUUAUUGUAAGUCUGCUAUUAGCCAGGCCUAUGCAUACAGUGGUUCUAAAAUAUAUAUUUUUGUCUGUCAAAAAUAUUAUGUAAAAUUAUGAUUAAUAUUAAGUAGAUUAAACAUAAAAGAUGUAUAUGUUUUCAAUGCAAUAGUACAGUAUUAAAUUGUACCAAUAUAAUUCAGGUUAUGUCUA